UUUUGUAACACACUGUCUCCUUAACGUGCAGUCUAUUUGCACUUAACUGGACGAUAACGAUUGCUAAAAGGACAAUUACAUAUUGUGCUUAAGACUGCUUAAAUGAAAGGUAGUACUAGUAGUAGACAGGCAUGCCGAAUCUGGUAGUAGGAUUUGUGUACGUACCACUGCGCGCUGAGGACAUCCUCCACACAAGGUCACUGGCACGUGUAGCUGUCAUUCUGUUACGCACUCACCGGCUACUUCGUUGCAGUCUUUUAUGAGCUGACCGAGACGUGUGGUAACAUUAACGUUACCGGUGUAUUUCAUUUUGACAUCAGUUACAUAGCGAGGAAUUUAUUUUGAAAAUGGCAAGAGGAAGCCGCAGUCACUCUUCAGCACAUGCCAGUGCUCCAGCACAUUCCUACGCCCCAGCACCUGUCCACCAUGCCCCAGCACCAGUCCACCAUCCCCCAGCAGCCCUGGCCCCUGCCCAGCCCAAGCAGCCAGGGCUCAUGGCCCAGAUGGCCACCACUGCGGCUGGGGUGGCAGUGGGCUCUGCUGUCGGGCAUGUUGUGGGUGGUGCCCUGACUGGGGUCUUCAGUGGUGGCAGUAGCAGCCCGGAACCGGCCAAGCCUGCAAGCACAUAUCAGGAGCCACCCAGGUCAGCCCCUCCCCAACAAGGCCCAUGCCUUUUUGAGGUGAGGCAGUUCCUGGACUGUGCCACCACACAGACUGACCUCACUCUGUGCGAAGGCUUCAGUGAGGCUCUCAAACAGUGCAAGUUCUCAAGCGGUGCGACUCAACUAGUUUGAUUGUGGUCCUGCAAGGUUGAUCCAACAAGAACUCUUGGAUAAAUGACACUUUCACAGAGAACUCAACUCUUCAAUCAAAAUGACUCUGCUCUAGACACACAUUAUUAAAGUUUGUAGUUGUAACAUGUACUUUGGACUUGUGAUUAUGUAUGUGAGAUUGUAAAAUAAAAGCUGCUAUGUACUUGUGCUAUCUGUGUUCAUUAAAAAUGUCAUGUGUCA